AUGGCCAUCGCCAUGAUAUUGCCCAUAUUUUUCAUCAGCAUAGGAAGAAGAGUGUUGCCGCGCUACUCUAGUGUGCCAAGUGCUCUUUCUAAGGACCGGAGCUUGCUGAGCAAAGAGCUGGCCAAGCUCCUGAAGCCUGAGGCCCAGGAGCAAGCCUCGGAAGCCGCAGACUGGCUUCCCAAAGAGAAGGCCCGGUUGCCGAAGAUUCAGUGGCACGAGUCGAGUGCUACUUCGGCGUCAUCGUCAGUGGAGGAUGCGAUGAAUCCGCUGCCGACCCCCGCGCUUCCAAGCCACAUGCGCUUUGCGCUUCACCAAGUCGAAGCUGCAAAACCCGAAGGCAAGGCGAACCAGACACAGUCGCCAAGUAAGGCCGAGGAGACCGGAGAGGCUAAGGGAGGACAAGGAGCCGGCCCUGAGCCAGGGCUCAGCCGCCAGAGCUCUAAGACGAGGAGAGACUCGGGGUCCCUCUUCGAUGGCCGCCUCGGGGCGGAGCUGCAACGCGCAUUGGACUUUGGCCGCUGUGAGGCUGCUCGACGAAUACAGCGAGCCUACCGACAACAUCGGCGCCUCCAGAUGGUCUUGGCACAAGCAGAACAAGCCCGUGCAAGAAGGGCGGAAGCGACAGCGACUGCAGCAGCCGCAGGCCCACCCCAGGCGAGCAGCGCAGCGGCUGCCGCGAACUUACCGAGGCCGUCGAUACCUGGCCGCAUGCCACGGCCUCGCGGGGCGGCGGACCGAGACCUGCAAGGGCUUCCUCGCCGUAGCUUGCCCAACCUCGGCGCCCAAGUCGGGCCUGGAGUGGCUAGCCAGCAGCAGACUCGGCGAGAGGGAGCUCUACCGCAUGAUCGCGCUUUCCGGGAUCUGCGGCAGGAGGAGGAGGAGGCCCUGCGGAGACGCAGAGCCACUGCUGCGGGGACCAUUCAGGUCACUUGGAAACGGCAUCGAAGGCGCCUCCGGACCUGGGCGGUGCUGGUACUCCAGAGAUGGGCGAGGACGCGGCUGGAUCAGCACCGGAAGGAGGCAGAAGCAGUGCGUCUUGCCAAGGAGGCUGCCCAGAAAGCUGAGGAGGAGCGUGCGGCUAAGGAAGCUGCCCACAAAGCCGAAGCAGACAAAGCGAUGAAGAAGGCCGAACAGGAGCGAGUUGCAAAAGAGGCCGCAGAAGCUGCGGCGGCAGCUGAAGAGGAGCGUGCCGCCAAGGAAGCCGCAGACAAAGCCGAAGCAGAGAAAGCGAAGAAGGCUGAAGAGGAGCGCGCGGCAAAAGAGGCCGCAGAAGCUGCAGCGGCAGCUGAAGAGGAGCGUGCCGCCAAGGAAGCCGCAGACAAAGCCGCAGCAGAGAAAGCGAAGAAGGCUGAAGAGGAGCGCGUAGCAAAAGAGGCGGCAGAAGCUGCGGCGGCAGCUGAAGAGGAGCGUGCCGCCAAGGAAGCCGCAGACAAAGCCGAAGCAGAGAAAGCGAAGAAGGCUGAAGAGGAACGCGUGGCAAAUGAGGCUGCCGAAGCUGCAGCGGCAGCUGAACAGGAGCGUGCCGCCAAGGAAGCUGCAGACAAAGCAGUAGCAGAGACAGCGAAAAAGGCUGAAGAGGAACGCGUCGCAGAUGAGGCUGCAGAAGCUGCAGCGAAAGCUGAAGAGGAGCGUGCCGCCAAGGAAGCCGCAGACAAAGCCGAAGCAGAGAAAGCGAAGAAGGCUGAAGAGGAGCGCGUAGCAAAAGAGGCCGCAGAAGCUGCAGCGGCAGCUGCAGAGGAGCGUGCCGCCAAUGAAGCUGCGGACAACGCCGAAGCAGAGCAAUCGAAGAAGGCUCCAGAGGAGGGCGCAGCAGAAGGGGCUGCAGCGAUAGCUGAAGACGAGCGUGCCGCCAAGGAAGCUGCAGACAAAGCAGUAGCAGAGAAAGCGAGGAAGGCUGAAGAGGAACGCGUAGCAAGAGAGGCUGCGGAAGCCUUGGUGAAUGCUGUAGCAAAAGAAGCUGCGGAAGCUGCAGUGAAAGCGGAAGCGCAGCGCUUAGCAUGUGAAGCUGCGACAGCAGCGCUGACAGGCGAAGAGGAGCGGGUUGCUAAGGAAACGGCAGAUGCUGCCGAGGUGGACAAAGCUACGACACUUACAGAGGCCGCCGAACCUGAGAAAGCCAAGGCAGCUGAAGGGGAGCUCCCUGCCAAGGACAAGGCAGACCCGGCUGAAGCUGAGAAAGCUCAGCAGGAUGAAGAGGACCGCCUGGCAAAAGAGGCUGCGGAAGUUGUUGCGAAGGCAGACUGGGAGCAGCUCGCCAAGGAAGCGACAGAUGAUGCAUCCGCUGAAGCCCAGAUUCAACAGCUUCUAGAAGCAGCUGUGGAGGCGGCCCAAGCCAAAAGGCUUGAAGAGGAAGAGGAAGCGGCUGGCCUCUCAAAGGCAGACGAAGAAGGAGAGCUACUGUCCAAGGAAGCAGAAGAACCGCACGGGCAAGAGAUGCAGAAGCCCCCGGGAGUACCGGACACCCCCAGUGCAGCACAAGACGAGCAGCCAACUGAGGCCAACGUAGAGGUGGAGACGGAUCGUUUCCCAGAGCCAGAUGAGGCUGGGGAGUGCGCAUUCGUGGCGACGGAAGUGCAGACUGCGCCAGCAGAGACCUCAGCGAACACCGGUGGGUCAGCAGAAGCACUGCCAGAGGAGCAGAUUCCCCGUGGCCCCGAAGAGUUACCGGCUGAACAGCCGCCCAUCCCCACUGAAUCGGAGGCGCGGCUACUGGUCGUAGACAUGUCGGGCGAGAGCGGCGACGAGAAGGACGAUUGGUUACGAUAUGCGGAAUCCAGCUGUUGA